CAUCCAUAAAAUUUACUUGGUGUGGCCUAAUGCUGAAAUAAUGAGGUACGGUACGCAGUGCAACGUCCGUAACCGGCUUGGUUUUGACAACACCGGGCGAAACUCCCGUACAAACAUCAUGAACGCUGGCAGUCCAAACAUUUCGCCCCGCGGCGGUCGCAUGCACCACUGCCCGCAUAGAACAGGGGUACACAGGGGCACCCUUUUAACCGUGUUUUGUACAUGGUGACAAAAUAUACAGGCGGAUUUUUCACACAGCGAUAAGGAUUAACAGUGUUGUGUGGCGCCUUUCAGUGGUUGUGUUUACAUACGAGAAACGGUUCCCUGACCGCCAUGUUUCGGGCUGGGCCCGUACUGAUACACCUGUAGCGCCGGCACACGUCGCACGCGGAAACCAGGUCCACACACAGGUAUGCAGCGACGUUCUAGCAUCGGCGUGUUCUACAUUUCGUGAUAAAUAAAGCACUAGAAGCGUGACUGAUAGGAGAAAUGUUUGGCGUUCCCACCACACGCCGUGGGAAGAGGAGAACACACACUCCAAAAGCAGCAGGCCCGUCGAGCGAGCCCAAUCCACCACCGGGAGCUACCAGAAGCUCCAUCGGCAGGUUUCUCCGCCUCCGCCGAAGGAUUAGGAGAAGGAUGUCCGGAGAGAAAGCCGGGAAAAGGACCGAGGGGAAGCAGGGGCUCUCUGAGGGGUUGUGGACGCGGGGCGCGUAUCUUCUGCUGCCGACUUUACAAGAAGUUACCGAGGACGUCACGGAAAGGGAGAAGGUUCGGCGGCGGUUGGCGAAGCGGUACGGUUACAGUCUUGGGGAGGACCCGGCCCAGGCCCCGCAGCACCUCCCGCCCCUGUCUCCCUGCAGACGGACCCUGUCCGCCGUCCACCGGGAGGACCAGGCUCUAGUACCGUCCCAGCAACAGGUGGCUGGAGAUGACGUCAACCCAGGCGAUGGGGAGGAGGUGAGCAGUUCUGUUCUAUUCCGCUAG